AUGGGCGACUACGGCGAUGCUGGCAUCGAUGCCUCCAACACAGUCUAUGGCCGCUACAAGGCCUUCUGCUCCGCCCCGCGAUCCGAGAUGGAAAUCAAUGUUCUCGAGUUCAUCCGAAGCAUCCACCCAGACCAGCAUGUCACGUCGGUCAACAGGCGGUAUGCCGACCUUGUAACCUUUGCAAAUGCUGGAAAUGCAGAGGCCCACCUCAUCCGGGAGACGAACGAGGUCAUCAGCUCCCGCAUGUAUGCACCUCCCACCACACGUAUGGAAGGCGGCGAUGGCAAGCUCGGCGAGAACGUUGCUUUCGGCCUCUACAACUACACAUGGAAAGGCAACGAGCUUCAAGUGUACUACGUUUGUUUGCAGACCAACUGUGGCCAAUUUCAGAACUACUUCAUCUUGACACCAAAGGACCAAAUGAACGGCGAGGAACACUCCCCAAUCGCAGAUGAACUCAUCAAAGCCGCUGGCACCUGGUCUUCGCAACCACACGAGGAGAUCUACGUGUUCGAUGGUGGCAACUGGCAGAAAAACCACAAGCUUUGGCAGUCGGUCCAGGGCUCAUCUUGGGACGAUGUGAUCCUGGAUCCAGCGAUGAAGGACACCCUGAUCAAGGACGUGGAAGGGUUCUUCGAUUCUCGCCAGAUCUACGAAGAGUACUCAGUCCCUUGGAAGCGCGGCAUUAUCCUUCACGGCACACCCGGUUGCGGAAAGACCAUCUCCAUCAAGGCUCUGAUGAACUCCUUGCAGACACGCAACGUCGCGAGCAUGUAUGUCAAGUCGUUCGAGGCGCAAGAAGGACAGCAAAACUCGAUCCUGACCAUCUUCCGCCUGGCCCGCAAUAUGGCUCCCUGUAUGCUUAUCUUCGAGGACUUGGACAGUCUUGUCACCGACAAAGUGCGCUCUUAUUUCCUCAAUGAGGUCGAUGGUCUUGAGAACAACGACGGUAUCCUCAUGAUCGGCAGUACCAACCAUCUGGAACGUCUCGACCCAGGAAUUGCAAAGCGCCCAUCUCGUUUCGAUCGCAAGUACCACUACAAGCUGCCCGGUGAGCGAGAGAGGAUCCUAUACUGCGAGUACUGGCGCAAGAAGCUUCAGAAGAACAGCAACGUCGAGUUCCAUGAGGACAUCUCCAAAGUCAUCGCACAACUCACCGAAGGCUUCAGCUUUGCCUACCUCAAGGAGCUCUUCGUCCAAACACUGCUUGCUCUUGUUGGUGGCCGCGCGGAUGUAGAGGACGACGACGACGAUGCCGUCGAGGGUUCGGCUCGCCUCGUCAAGGAAGGCGAGUCACUGGAGAGCACAGAGGAAAAGACAGGCGAGAAGGAAUCGCCGCCGUCGAACAAGAUGCCAGAGGUUGAAAUACCCGACCACUUGAAGGAGAACUCUUUGAUGAGGAUUCUCCACAAGCAGACCAAGGCCCUCUGGAGGGAGAUGGACAACACCGACAGUGAUGAGAUCCACGGCAGGGCCAAGAUCGGAGGCGGUGUUGGGAAGAGGGUAAGGAGAGCUGUGAGGAAUUAG